GCCAUAACAAUGCAUCGGUUCCCCGGCCCCCCUCUGCAGGAGGUGGCGUCGCAGUGCAGGAAGCUGACCAGGAAGAACAGGGAGCAGCUGUCGGAGCUGAUGUGCCUGGACAAGCAGAAGGGGCUCAAAUCUCUCAGCAAGGAGAAGCGGCAGAAGCUGGAGGCGUACCAGCAUCUCUUCUACCUGCUGCAGACGCAGCCCGGGUACCUGGCCAGGCUGCUCUUCCAGGUGCCUCAGAACAAAUCCACCACGUUCCUGCAGCCCGUCAUCUUCACGCUGUACAGCUACGCAUCCCACCCGCGGGAGGGCUACCUGCUGCUGCAGCUCUUCAAGGCGGCCCUGCAGGAGGAGAUCAGGUUGGGGGAGGGGGGGGGGUGACCCCGCUCGUGGUCUGCUGUGGUCAGGAGAUUUGAGGAUUUGAGAAAAAAGGUCGAUUUGGGGGCAUAUUUGCAAAAAGCUCCAUUUUAGUCAGAGUCAACACCGCAGGUGUCCACAGGGAACAAGUGGGGCUGCAGUCAGUGCAGCUCCAAAAUCUGAUCUGUGCAGAUGCCCGAAUGCUCUCCCUUAGCAGAGUGGGGGUCCUGCACUGCACCGCUGCCCCCCUCCAUCCCUGCUGUUUGGUGAGGGACGCCGCGAGGGUGAAAUGUGGGGGAAGGGAGUGGUGGUGGUCAGAAAGGCUCUUAGGGCAGCCUUUGGCACUGCCCCAUCCCCGUGGAGAAGCUGGGAUGGGCAACUGGAGGUACAGCAGUUGGCAGCCAGGCACCAGCGGUGUCCCGCAGGGCUGCUCCUAUCGACGUCUUCAUUAACCACCUUGAUGAGGGCAUCGAGCGCAUCCUUCUCUAAGUAAGGCUGCAGAUGGCACCGAGCUGGAUGGAGCGUUGAUCUGCCUGAGGCAGAAAGGACCGCAGAGGGACCCGGAUAGACUGGAUCGAUGGGCCAAGGUUAAUUGGAUGAGUUUCAGUAGGGCCGAGUGUGGGGUCCUGCAUUUUGGGCACAGCAACCCCAGGCACCCCUCCAGGCGUGGGGAGGAGCGGCUGAAGGCUGUCUGAUGGAAAGGGAGCUCGGUGUGCUGAU